AUGCCUUUCAAAGCCGACCAAGAGAUUAUCAACCAGGACCGUCUGGAAGCCCUGGGAGGCCGCAUGCAGAUAAUGCAUGAUAGCUCUUUCGAGUCGGAUCCAAGCCAACUUGUUAAAGGCUUUGACAUAGUAGAUAAGGAACAGGAGAGCAUCCUACUGGAGAUUGGGGAAGCUAGUGUCCUCCGAGAAGCUGAAAUCGAACUUGGAACAGAAGGAUCGGAGUCAGCGAACAUAAGAGUCGCCGGUACCCCAGCGGGCAAAGGUAACAGGCCUAGUGUUACAAGAGUUGUCGCAACCAUCAGCGAGCAGCUGGAUGCUGGAAGGUCCAGCGCAAAGGUGGCGAUCAAGCCUGUGAGUGGCGAAGCAAGGACCUCCCCCAGCUCCAAGAGCAAGUCCACAAGGGACAGGCCUGAGUGGUCAGGAGACGAAAGCGGUCAGAUCCUGAUUCGUCAGACGACGUUUCGGCCAAUUAACUCGUCAGGCUCUGAUUCUGAGGAUUCCGACCAUGAUACGUUGGAUGGGUCCUCUAGCGAAGAAGAGGAGCCUAGAAAUAAGAGGCUAGUCCAAGAAGAAGUUGGACUGGAAGUCCUUGAAGUUAGAGCUAGAGGGCAAGAACGUACACUAAAAGGUAUCAUGUACACAUCCAAGAAGCCUGAGUCCCUAACAAGAACGGAUAAGAUACGAUUCGUUACAGUAAUUAAGAAAGCCUGUGACCAGGUCCCGUAG